UUCGUGGUGCGCGACGAGAACAGCAGCGUCUACGCCGAGGUCUCCCGGCUGCUCCUCGCCUCCGGCCACUGGAAGAGGCUGAGGCGAGACAACCCCAGGUUCAACCUGAUGCUGGGCGAGAGGAACCGGCUGCCUUUCGGGAGACUGGGUCACGAGCCCGGGCUGGCGCAGCUGGUGAAUUACUACAGGGGGGCUGACAAACUGUGUCGCAAAGCUUCUUUAGUGAAGCUGAUCAAGACAAGCCCAGAACUGGCUGAGUCCUGCACCUGGUUCCCCGAGUCCUAUGUGAUUUACCCAACUAAUCUCAAGACCCCAGUUGCUCCAGCACAGAAUGGAAUUCAGCCACCUGUCAAUAACUCCAGGACGGAUGAGAGAGAGUUCUUCCUGGCUUCCUAUAACAGAAAGAAAGAGGACGGGGAGGGCAACGUGUGGAUUGCAAAGUCAUCAGCAGGUGCCAAAGGCGAAGGCAUCCUCAUCUCCUCUGAGGCCUCCGAGCUUCUGGAUUUCAUAGACAACCAGGGCCAAGUGCACGUGAUCCAGAAGUACCUUGAGCACCCCCUGCUUCUCGAGCCGGGUCACCGCAAGUUCGACAUUCGAAGCUGGGUCUUGGUGGACCACGAGUAUAACAUCUACCUCUACCGGGAGGGUGUGCUCCGAACUGCGUCUGAGCCGUAUCACGUUGACGACUUCCAAGACAAGACCUGCCACUUGACCAACCACUGCAUUCAGAAGGAGUACUCCAAGAAUUACGGCAAGUAUGAGGAAGGGAACGAGAUGUUCUUCGAGGAGUUCAACCAGUACCUGACGAGUGCUCUGAACAUCACCUUGGAGAGCAGUAUCUUACAACAGAUCAAACAUAUCAUAAGGAGCUGCCUCCUGAGUGUGGAGCCAGCCAUCAGCACCAAACACCUGCCCUACCAGAGCUUCCAGCUCUUUGGCUUCGACUUCAUGGUGGACGAGGAGCUGAAGGUCUGGCUCAUCGAGGUCAACGGUGCCCCUGCUUGUGCUCAGAAGCUCUACGCAGAACUGUGCCAGGGCAUCGUGGACAUAGCCAUAUCCAGCGUCUUCCCGCCCCCAGACGUGGAACAACAGCCUCAGCCUCAGCCGGCCGCUUUCAUCAAGCUGUGAAGGACAGGAUGGAGAUGGGAAGAGAGAGCCCUGGCACGGGCGUGAUAAGAGAAGGCUACUCCGGAGAGCCCCCACGGGCUGCUCAGGGCGCUGCCCAAGCGGAGCGCUCCACAGAGCCGCGGAGGCUUUCGGGACCUGAGCAGAUGUCCCCGAGGGAGGAGCAGGCCAGCCUUCCGAGGGGGCACCAUCGGUAUCUGGCUGUUGAGUGUGCUCUUCUUUGCAGGUCUUUCCGUACUUGGCCCUGGGCACAGAGCCUCUCCUCCCGGGAUGGCAGGCGCUGCGGCCUCCGCGGGGUCCUUCCACCUGCGGUGGCCUGAGCUCUGAGCAUUGCUGCAGCCCGCUGUGCUGGGACACAGUGGCCCUUCCUGCGUUCUGGAGGUAGCCCGUGUGCUCCCUGCUCAUCUCCUCCACCUCAUUCCGCCCCACUAAACUCUGGACACGCAUGCACCAACUGUCCUUAGUUUUGCGGCUGUGCAUAGUGUCUCAGGGAGGCCAUUUUGUCGCCCCCUUCAUGGUGGCGUGCCAAUCGGGGGUCCUGGGAUUAGGCACCGAACAGCAUAGACUGCUGUCAGUCUGCUCUCUGCAUGUUUUAGAAACAAAGCAGCCAGUCUGCCAAUCCUGUAAGCAUCAAAUAAGCAUGAGAGGAAAAACAUAUCGUGCUUUACUUAAUAGGUGGGGUGGGUGGACGGGGUCUUUGGACAUGGUUCUCACUUAUCAUUAUUUAACGAGAAUUCUAGAUGCACAUUUGCUGAGUUCCCUUUCCUUCACUCUGUUUUCUUUUUUGUAAAGCCUUUGUAAAGCCUCUCCAAGGGUUGGAGAAGGGAGAGUUCCACUCUCCAGGUGGCCCUGGCCGGAGGGAGGUGGCAGUCCCUCUUAUGUUCUCCUGUGCUCCAAGCAGUCCCUGGAGCUGCAGGGACAGUUUCUGAGCAUCUGUCCUGCAGAUGGGUGAGGUGUGGUUUAGAGCUGGACACAGCAUCUAGGAGGCCUCUACAAACAGGUUCAUUCAGAUGUGGUUUCCAAGUAAUGGGUCGAUUGACAGUGGGAGCAAGACGUCCUUUGUGUUCAGUGUGAGCUUAGAGUAUUUGGGAAGUCACAGCAGAUGUGUGGAAAGCUUUCCUGGGGCGUGCUGUCUUCCAUUAUUCAUUGUUACUUGGCAGUUUCUGUAGUCAGAUGACUUUAAGAAGGAGAAGGAAUAAUCUCGCCUCCUCAGGUAUGAUGAGAUGUGGGCGCUAAUGGGGACAAAAAAAGGAAUAGUGAUUAAGACUGAUUUCAUAGGUGUAGCAGUGGGUGUGGGACGGGAAGGUGAUACAUUGAAGUUGCCUCCCAGCUGGCUUGGCUCCGCUCAGCUGGUGAUUUGGAAUUACAAAGUGAAAGUCCUCCUGGUCACCUGGAACAUGGAGAAUGAAGUUUGCAUCCAGAGUGAAUUCACACAGCCAGUGGUGAGGCAGCCGAGGGGCUGGUGUCUGGGAGUUCUGAGAAGGCAGAGAGAAGAUGCAUGUCCACUUAGAAAGUGGAGGGUGCUGGGGCCCUGGCAGGUCUACAGGACUGUGGAGGUUUUGUAUGCACUGGGACUCAAGUCAGGGGCACGGGAGAGUUCUGCAGCUCUUGACAUGAGGGAGCUAAGGGAUCAGCUGUCAGGAGGAGUGUGACUCCCGGCACAGCUUCUAAGAAACCUGAAUUCACACAUGCAUUUGAGGGAGGUGAGGCUUUAGGUAAAAGAGGUCCUGUGGUGGGUCCCUCACAGGGUUUCAGAUACGGAUCUCUUUUAUGUAUCUCUUCUGCAUCCGGUGGGAGGUUGGCUCAGAGCUGCCCCAUGUCCCUCCAUGCCAUCCUUGGCACAGAAGGCCACACACCUGGCUCCCCAUUGGCUUUGUUCCUUAGUCCAGACGCUGGGAAGGCGGCGCUGCUUAUUAGGACACGUUGAUGCCGACCUUGGCUCUGUCGUUGAUCGCACAGUGUCCAUUGAGCCUGUUACCUUUCUGUGCCUUAGUUUCUUAUCUCAUGGAAGAGACUGCAGCCCCACCCGAGGAUCAGGGCUUGUCAUGAGGAUGAAUGAGAACCAGAAGAGCACAGGGUUCUCAUGCUGGAGACACCUGGGAGCUGGCAGAGAAUGCUGCCCCCCCUUGGCCAAUUCCGUCAGAGCCUCAGGCAGCAAGAUGUCUUGAGAUGCGUGGAGCCACUGCUUGAGGAGGAAGGAGAAAAACAUGAUUAGCUUGGAAGAAUCACACAAGGCUUCUUAGAAAAUUCAUUUUGGAAAUGAGCAUUUCUUUCAGAACAGUCAGACACUGAUGUAUUCAUGGCACAAGCCUGUGUUGUCUAAGCAGGUUCUGUUUGCUUCCAUCACAGCAUUUGGAAAUUCAAACAUGCUUUCAUUCACGUCAACAGUGCAUGAAUCCUUGGUGGGGAAAUGUAAACACGUGACUUUAUAAAUCUAAAUAUGUGCUGAAGUUUUAAUUAUGAGAAAAAAAGCCUCUUCCCUCACACUUUACUCCUAAGAUAACUAUAAGCUCCAUUUCACCAAGAGCAUCUAAGUGCCUCAGUGUUCAGAUGGAGCGGAGCAGGUGCUGCCCAUGUACCAGCUGACAUGAUGUGUCACUACGCUCCUCAGGCUGAUGGUCACAUGCAUGGGAUAUCGGGGAGGGCUAGAAGUGUACUGGGUUCUACAGAACCAUCAGGUGUUAAUGAAGCCACAGGUGUGUUCAUUAACAGCUGAGGUGUCUGCAGGCAUGGACGAAGCCCUGUGGUGGGGGUGGCUCUGCUACCCAGCACAAGGUGCCAAAGUGGGUCGCAUGUAGCACGUGGGUGCCAUCGAGAACUCAGUAGUAUAUGUGUCUCUGGUCCUGAACACAGACUGUACCUAAGAGGACAUGAUUUCUGAAAUGAGGUGAUUUUAUGGAUGUCUAAAAUGCCUGGUGCAUUAAAGAUAUUCCAAGUGUU